AUGUUCCACAUUCCAGCCCCCACAUCUCGCAUCCCUGGGCCCAUGUUCAACGCAACGAUUCCCCACACACAUCAGUUCCACCCAUGCCACGUGGAGCGGAAAGCCAUAGCGGCCGUUCAAUCAGGCCAAUUUUCAAUAUGGUACCUCACCAAAUCCCUUGUCGGCACAGACAGAAGGCGUUGUCGCGCCACGCUCUUCAGCUUAUGCAGGCUAACGCCGCCUCCCAGCUCGCUUGUGAGCUUGCGACCCCGCAAUGUGCCGUCAGCAAGUAACGGGAGCUUUUUCUCCACCCAGGAUCGCGCGGAAGAACGCGCGGCGUAUUGGCGGAGCGUAGAGAGCGCUCGAGAUGGCGCGCUUCUGGUCGAUCCCUACGCUGCUCUGCUGGCCGCGGCGAAGCAGCAGAGAAAAGCAGAGGGAAAAGGAAAUGCGGGGAAUGAUCCGGGGGAGGCGGCGGUGGAGGCGGCGUCGUACCUGGUGGCGACGCGGUUCUUGGACGACGCGAUUGAAGAGGCGGUGGCGCAGCUGGUGGGCGGGGCGGAGGAGGUCCGCCAGGUUGUUCUUCUAACGGAUGGGUGUGACACGCGGCCGUACCGCAUGGCGUGGCCGCGCCCCAUGGUGCUGUUUGACGUGUCGCCCGCUGCGCCCUACACUGCCUGCCACAACCUCCUCCAUGAGGCUGGAGCGCGGCCAGCAUGUGGAUCAGUGGUGCGCCACGUGUCAGCUGACCUGUCCACCGGGGAGGACUGGCGGGAUGAAGGUUGGGGCGAGAAGCUGCAGAGGCUCGGGUAUAGAGGAGACAGGCCGAGCCUGUGGGUGUUGCAGGGCCUGCCCCAGCUGUCAGCGUCAGGCCUGAAGGCCAUUCUGGGCCACCUGCAAGGGCUGCUCAUGACAGGCUGCCAAGUCAUUGGGGAGCUGCCCUUGCACGCCAUCGCUCCCCAGGCCAUUGCGGGCACAGGAGAAUCAGGGUCACAAGAGGACCCUUCGGUUGCUGUGGCUGCUCUCUCCGCCCUCUUUGCCUCCCAUGGGCUUCUGGCUGAAGUGCAUUCAAAUGUCCCAGUCGCUGCCCUGUAUGCUCAACAGUGCCCCACAGCCCAGCGUCUCCUUGAUGAUUUGAGUGGGUCUGAUGGGCCAGCACCGAGGAACAUGAUGCUGUUUUCAGCAACACAACAGCGGAUGUCUGAUGCACAGGUCGAGCUUUUGGCAGAAGAGAUGCGCAUCGCAGAGGCAUGGGGCGAUGAAGAAGGCUUCGAGGACCUACCUUGA